AUGGAAUCGAUAGAUUUCGUCCAUGGCUCCGGCCGUGAAUUGCUGCCUGGGACUAUCCCGCCCGAGUUGUCGCUUCUGACUUGUUUGACUACGCUGGUGCUGACCUUUAAGGACGGGACCAUUCCAACAGAAUUGGGGCUUCUUACCAAGCUUAGAAGGUUGGAACUGAUCUCAGGAGGUUUUGGCGGCUCCAGCAUCAAAGGAUCGAUCCCAACAGAGAUCGGCAUGAUGACUGCUCUGACAUCUAUCUCUUUUCCCCAAGGCCUCAAUGGGACUCUGCCAUCAGAAAUUGGCAGGCUUACCGGGCUCACUGCGUUGUUCCUCAACAAGACCGACUUUUGUUAUCACUGGGAGGAGUGCUUUCAGGGAACAAUACCAAGUGAAAUUGGGCUCCUCAGUGGACUGGAAAGCCUCGAACUCGGAAACAAUAUGUUGGGAGGUCUGUUGCCAAGUGAGCUUGGUCUCUUGACUUCUCUGUUGUCGUUUGGACACAGCUGUCAGGUGUCUUGCGACCGUCACAAUGGAACGUUUUCAGAACUUGGAAAUCUUGCUGCCCUCGAGUACAUGACCGUUGCAUACAAUGGCGGCCUAACCGGGCCCUUACCUACUGAGCUCAGAGUGAUCCCAUGUAUAUAUUUCACAAGAAUCACAUUCUCUCGUUGGUGCAUGAAGGAACCGCGCUUGGUCUCCGCGGAUGGUUACAAUCGUGAGCUUUGUUGGGGAGGCCAAAGCACGGAAACUCCGUAUUUUUGUCCCAAGGGGGUUUCGAAUUCCACCCUCUGA